AGUGGCAGCGCUGACAGCGGCCGGUGCGCGUUGUCUCCACUGUGCCCUGCAUCCCGCAUCUCGCAUCGGCCAGGCUACCCGACUCAUCGCAAACGUCAGUGCUCACCAUGGGGAAGCCCACGAGCUCGGGAUGUGACUGGCGCCGCUUCCUACGGAAUCACUGGCUGCUGCUCUCCACCGUGGCCGCCGUGGUACUAGGAAUUGUCUUAGGAGUCGUGGUUCGAGGACACAGUGAGCUCUCAAAUCUGGAUAAAUUCUACUUUGCUUUUCCUGGGGAAAUUCUGAUGAGGAUGCUGAAGCUGGUCAUUUUGCCGCUGAUCGUAUCCAGCAUGAUCACAGGUGUCGCUGCACUGGAUUCCAAUGUGUCUGGGAAGAUUGGUCUGCGCGCUGUAGUAUAUUAUUUCUCCACCACCGUCAUUGCUGUAAUCCUAGGUAUUGUGUUAGUUGUGAGUAUCAAGCCUGGUGUCACUCAGAAAGUGAAUGACAUCAACAGGACGGGUAAAACCCCUGAAGUCAGCACCAUGGAUGCCAUGUUGGACCUGAUCAGGAACAUGUUCCCUGAGAAUCUGGUCCAAGCCUGUUUUCAGCAGUACAAAACCAAGCGGGAAGAGGUGAAGCCUGUGGGCGAUCCUGGGGGGAACGCAACGGAGGUGUCUGUCACCACAGCCAUGACAACAAUGUCUGAGAACAAGACAAAGGAAUACAAGAUCGUGGGCCUGUACUCAGACGGCAUCAAUGUCCUGGGCUUGAUUAUCUUCUGCCUCGUCUUUGGCCUUGUCAUUGGGAAAAUGGGAGAAAAGGGGCAGAUUCUGGUGGACUUCUUCAAUGCCUUGAGUGACGCCACCAUGAAAAUCGUCCAGAUCAUCAUGUGCUACAUGCCGAUUGGCAUUUUGUUCCUAAUUGCUGGGAAGAUCAUAGAAGUUGAAGACUGGGAAAUAUUCCGCAAGCUGGGCCUUUACAUGGCCACUGUCCUGAGCGGGCUUGCAAUCCACUCCCUCAUAGUUCUGCCCCUGCUCUAUUUCAUAGUUGUGCGGAAGAACCCUUUCCGCUUUGCCUUGGGUAUGGCGCAGGCUCUCCUGACAGCUCUCAUGAUCUCGUCCAGUUCGGCAACCCUGCCAGUUACAUUCCGCUGUGCGGAAGAAAAGAACCAGGUAGACAAGAGGAUCACGAGAUUUGUGCUGCCUGUUGGUGCCACCAUCAACAUGGACGGCACUGCGCUCUACGAAGCUGUGGCAGCCGUGUUUAUUGCGCAACUGAAUGGCUUGGACCUAAGCAUUGGGCAGAUCGUCACCAUCAGCAUUACAGCCACCGCUGCCAGCAUUGGAGCUGCUGGGGUGCCCCAGGCUGGCCUGGUGACCAUGGUGAUCGUGCUGAGUGCUGUGGGGCUGCCUGCCGAGGACGUCACCCUGAUCAUUGCUGUUGACUGGCUCCUGGACCGGUUCAGGACCAUGGUGAACGUCCUGGGUGAUGCGUUUGGGACGGGCAUCGUAGAGAAGCUCUCGAAGAAGGAGCUGGAGCAGAUGGAUGUUUCGUCUGAAGUCAACAUCGUGAACCCCUUUGCCUUGGAACCCACAACCCUCGAUAACGAAGACUCAGAUACCAAGAAGUCUUAUGUCAAUGGGGGCUUCGCGGUAGACAAAUCUGACACCAUCUCGUUCACUCAGACCUCACAGUUCUAGAUGCCUGACCUCAGAUUGAGGCCUGGGAUUGUGAAGGGCGUCUCCACAGGAGCCAUCUCCUAGCAAACUCCGACAUUAAGGAACGAGAAGGACACUAAGAGUCAACUGUACAUUUAGUUUGAUAAACAGACCUCCAGAUUAUUUUCUAUAUUUGACUUUAUAGCCUUGGUUCUCUGGGUUUAGGGAUUUGGGGUGAGAUGAACUGAAAGGAAAUUAAGAAAGUUGUGUUAUCUGGAUUUUCUAAUUCUAUACAACAGAGUUUGGAAGUAUAUGAAGUAGUAACUGUUAGGAUUAGGUCAUAGAUAUGGAAGAGAAAUUGGUUUCUCAUGCAUAGACCAGUGUUUGGGGUUUUUAAACAAUAUUAUUGGCUACAAAUUUUUACUCAGGCUUUCUAUUGGCAGGACUUCCUUUGCCUUUUUACUUUUAUAGAUUAUAAUGCAUCUCAAAAGCCCUACCCAGUUAAUGUGCCAAAUUUUCCAUUUUGACCUCAUCUCCAGCCACUCUCAAACUACCCUGGGGCGGGGGGAGCAAAAAAGAUCAGCAUAGUUCUGCAAUAACAGUUUAAAGAUAGUUGUGGGGUUUAGGGGAAGGGAAAGGGUUUUUUAUUCAAUGUACUGUAUUGAGACACUGGUAGCUGACAGCCAGUGUUCGGUAUAGAACUAUAUGUAUAUGUGUGUAUAUUUAUUAUUUUCAUGUAAUUUGCAAGACAGAGAUCAGUAAUGAACUAUCAAUGUGAAAUACGCAGCUUCCCUUGUACUUGAAUCAAAACGAUAGCUCCAGCCUAGGUGUGAGCUCACCAGAACACUGUCAGGCACUCUGGGAUGAGAAAUCAAGUUGCUGGCUUACUGUGAUUCAAGCCCUAAAGCAGAAACAUAUUAUGGUGAAACUCUAAGAUGACACAGCCAUUCACGUACAACAUCUAGGGUCAGGCUCCCGGGAGGGGGAGGCUCCCUGCGAGCAUGGAAUAAGUACAUUUACAAAGGCACUGUAGAGGCAGGAAGUGCUCCCAUAGCAACAAAAGGCUUCGAUCUUCAAGUAGACUUCAAGACCCACUUCACAAGGCUGUCACUUUUCUGUUCUUGGUUUUCUCUGCCUGCGCCCCCCACCCCCAGGGCCAAACCAGCAGUGACAAGCCACUGCUGUUUCAAAACGGGGUGGCCUAAAUUGAAUAAGCCUCAUUGCAAGGUGACCAAGCUAUCCUUAUACUGUCGUCUUUUUAUUUUAUCUUCUGGUUUUUUUAUUUUUUAGUUUUUGAGACAGCGCCUCUCUACAUAGCCCUGGAUAUCCUGGAACUCACUAUGUAGACUAGACUGGCCUCAAACUCACAGAGAUCCUCCUGCCUCUGCCUCUUUAGUGCUGGCCUGAAAGGUAGGUACCACCAUGCCCAGCUCUACACUGUAUUUUUACAGAAGAAAAGCCAGGCCAUAAGCGACUGGUACCAGCGGUUCAGGGACAAUACUUCAGUCCUUCCCUGGAGAGGAUUGUUCUGGGAAUCUCAGCCUUGUGGCUUAGAAUCCUCUGCCUGUCUUUCUCCUGCUAAUUCCCGAAGAUGGCUUAUAAAAGUCUACACUUCUGUCCUCAUCCUGUAAAUAAAACUCAACAAAAACUUGUUCUUAACUUGGAGACAGGUUCAUAACAGCCGUGUUUCUGUAGUGCCCUUAAGUCAUCUUAAACCCGUGCUUUUAUAUUUAAGAAGCCAGAAAUCGUGCCAAAGAUAGCAGGAAGGUAACCGAAUGCUCAGAGUUGGCCACGCCCACCUGAAAGCUACCGACUGACCGUCACGGUGACCCUUGACUCCGAACUUUGAAGUACAAAUAUCUGUAUUCUUUAUAGGAAGUAAAUCUAAAUCUAAAUGAGGUUGAAUGGAUAUUUUAUUUAGGAGUGGAUGGUUCUGUCCCCUUAUCAGGUGGUUCUCCUUAGUGGCAGUGAAUUGGCAGAGCCGUUCACAAGAUCAUUGGGGUCAUCUUGUAACCAGCCACUUCACACACUGUGCUGUUAACUCAAGAUGAUAUGUUCCACUUCCUUCUCAAUAAACAUCUCCCCCACUCUUUCUCCCCUUA